GGUAUUAUUACAUUGGCGUCAGACAUCCAUUCAACACGUUUUCCAUGUGGUGGCAAUAAAACUUGCCUGAAAGAAGGUGUGAUCAAAUUGAGCAGUCUAAAUAUAAGGAGCUGCAAGAGAAGAGUCAGCCAAUGUGACUUGCAUUGAUGAUGGGAACUGUGGCAGCCAUGAGGUGGAAAUGUGUCACUUUCUAUUUUCUCACUUUGUUUGUUGUCACUGAAGUCAAGGCCAGACUGGUCAGCAACCAUGUCAGCAGUAUCUGCAGCACAUGGGGGAGAGAGCACUUUAAGACAUUCGACGGCGACGUUUACCAGUUUUCCGGCGCGUGCGAGUACAACCUUGCUUCCGACUGCCACGAGGCCAUGCAGGAGUUCUCGGUGCAUAUGAGGAGGGAGCAGAAUGAUGGGAACCCCACUGUGGCUUAUGUGGUGGUCACGAUCAACGACCUUGCUUUCCACCUCACCAAGGAAGCGGUCACGGUGAAUGGACAAACGGUCACGUUGCCAUACUAUAACAGUGGAGUUCAAGUGGAAAAUAAUGCCGUCUACAUCAAACUGCAGUCUCAAGUCGGCCUUGUGGUCAUGUGGAAUGGCGACGAUGCAGUCAUGGUUGAGGUGGAUCGUGAUUACGCGAAUCGCACUUGCGGACUCUGUGGCGAUUACAACGGCGUUCCGGUCUACAAUGAGUUGAUUUACAAUGAUCGAAUAAUCAGCCACAUUGAAUUUGGCAAUAACCAGAAGGUUCAUCACCCAAAUGAUGAUUGUGAGGACCCCUUUGAGGAGUUUGGAGAACUUGAAGAUGUUCCAGCUGUGGAUUCAUGCGAGGAGUUUAAAACAACCUGCAACCAAAUGUUGCAUUCAGAGCCUUGGAGCCCCUGCGCGCAGCUAAUUGACCCUGCGCCCUACGUGCAGGCUUGCGCGCAGGACAUGUGCGGGUGCAGCAACCGCACCAAUGACACCUGUGUCUGCAGCACCCUAUCCGAGUUCUCUCGACAGUGUUCCCAUGCUGGCGGAAUGCCUCCCAACUGGAGGACACCAGAGUUCUGUGCCAAACAAUGUCCUUACAACAUGGUCUACGAGGAGAGCGGUUCUCCUUGCAUGGACACGUGCACACACCAGGAUACCAGUUCUUUGUGUGAGGAACACCGAAUGGAUGGCUGCUUCUGCCCCACUGGCACUGUAUUUGAUGACAUUUCUAUGAGAGGGUGCAUUGAUCAAUCGGAGUGUCAGUGCAAGCAUGGAAGAAUCUAUAACUCGAGCGAGGGCUACCAACAAGACAGAGAGAUAUGUACAUGUUUUCAGGGCAGAUGGUCUUGUGAGUAUCUUCAGGGCCCGGCCACGUGCGCAGUGGAGGAGGGUUCCCAUAUAACCACCUUCGAUGGCAAAUCUUACACCUUCCACGGAGAUUGUUAUUACACACUAGCCAAGGUGGAAAGCAAGGAUGCCUCCAGUCCAAAGUUUACCAUCCAGGUGCAGUUAGUGCCUUGUAUAAACCACCAGUUUGAUACUUGUCUCAAGGCACUUAAAAUCCUGCUUAACAAUGACAGAAACAACGUGUUAACGUUCAUUUCUGAUGGGACGGUCAAGCAGAACCAGCAAACCAUCACGUUGCCGUAUCAUACAGCGGACAUCAACAUAUUCCAUGCUUCAUCUUUUCACAUCCUACUUCAUACGAGUUUUGGGUUGCAAAUUCAGAUUCAGCACGUGCCUCUUAUGCAAGUGUAUGUGCGGCUGAACGAGAGCUACAACGGAAAGACGCGUGGUUUAUGUGGCAACUACAAUCUGGUCAUGUCUGACGAAUUGAAAACCCCUCAGGGGAUUGUCGAGGGGACAGCCACCUCGUUUAGCAACACCUGGAAGUCCAACCUCAUGUGCCGAGACACGAGGGAAAGACUUGAUGACCCCUGUUCUCUGAGUGUGGAAAAUGACUUGUACGCCAAACAUUGGUGCGCCUUGCUGUUACGCCCAAAUAGCACCUUUGAACAGUGCCAUUCCUUAGUGGAUCCUGAGGCAUACUACAAGCGGUGCACUUACGCCAGCUGCAACUGCGACAAGAGUGAAGCCUGCUUGUGUGCUGUCUUCUCCUCCUAUGCCCGAGCUUGUGCAUCGAAGGGAGUCUUCUUGAUAGACUGGAGAGCCAACGUGUGUGACAAAUACACAAGGACCUGCCCACAAUCUCAGAUCUUCUCGUACAAACAUCAACGAUGCGAGCUGACCUGUCGAUCGUUGAGUUCAACAUUGCAGACUUGCAACUCUGACUUCCUGCCCGUGGAUGGUUGCUCCUGCCCCGAGGGUCAAUACCUUGAUGACCAUGCCAUCUGCAUCCCCAAAGAAAAGUGUCCCUGUUAUCACAAUGAGGCCAUCAUCCCGCCCGGGAAGUCCAUCAACAUCAAAGACGAACACUGUGUGUGCAGUAAUGGGGUGCUGCAUUGCCACUCUUGGAGAGCCCGCUCAUCAGUAUGUCCUCCACACAAAGUGUACUUCAACUGCUCCAGUCCUGGCUCAGGACAACUUGGAGUCCAGUGUGCACCAACUUGUUUAAAUCUGGACAGCGAUGAUUGUGACUCCAACGAUUGUGAAUCGGGCUGUCAGUGUCCAGAUGGGCUUUUUGACGAUGGCAGAGGUUUCUGUGUAGAAAAGUCACAAUGUCCAUGUAAACAUGAUGGAAAAUUCUAUGCUGCCGGAACUCAAAUUCCAAAUCAGUGCAACACAUGUAUGUGCAGAAGUGGAAAAUGGGAGUGCACAGAAGAAAAAUGCCCUGGAACCUGCAUUAUUUAUGGAAGUGGUCAUUAUAACACAUUUGAUCAGCGGACGUAUGGCUUUCAAGGUCUCUGCAGCUAUGUUGCAGUCAAGAACAAAUGUGGCAAUAAAACAGCACAGGACAACAUUGGAGUUAUCACAGAGAAUGUCCCAUGCGGCUCUACAGGCACCACAUGCUCGAAAACUGUCCGAAUCCAGUUGGGGCGAAUGGAAAUCAAACUAUUCAAAGGAAAGUAUGAAGAGGUCGACCUGGGACAAGGAAACCAAAUCAAGUACACGAUUAGGACGGUGGGCAUGUAUGUGGUGGUCGAAUCUGUCAUUGGCAUGGCAGUGAUGUGGGAUCGCAAAACAACUGUUCGCAUCCUUUUAGAACCUCAGCACAGUGGAGAAGUAUGCGGCCUGUGUGGAGAUUUUGAUGGCAAUGAACAAAACGACUUCACCAUUCAGGGUCAGCUGCAAGUGACAAAUGUGUUAGAAUUUGCAAACAGCUGGAAAACCAGCAGCAAUUGCCCAAAUGUGGAAACACACGUUGACCCGUGUACGGCAAAACCUUCUCGUCACCACUGGUCGAAAAUGAUGUGCGGCAUUAUAACUGGAAAAACCUUCCAAGCAUGCCACAAUACGGUGGAUCCGCUUCCGUUUUAUGAAAACUGUGUGAAAGACUCAUGUGCCUGUGACACUGGAGGCGACUGUGAAUGUUUCUGCACAGCAGUUGCAGCCUAUGCUCAAGCUUGUAAUGAGGCUGGUGUAUGUGUUGCAUGGAGAACACCAGACAUCUGCCCUGUCUACUGUGAUUACUAUAACAACCCAGAUGAAUGCCGGUGGCACUACAACCCAUGUCAUCAACCUUGCUACAAGACCUGCUUGAAUGUUGAGGGAAUUUGUAGCAACCCCUUACCCAACCUGGAGGGUUGUUAUCCUGUGUGUCCAGAAGAUAAGCCCAUAUUUGAUGAAGAUCACCAGAUAUGUGUUGAAGAAUGUGAAGGCUGCUUUUACAAUGGAACAAGAUAUGAGGAAAAUGAAGUUAUUUACAAUGUGACUGACAACCUUGGAAUGUGCUACUAUGCCAUAUGUGUAAAUAGAACAGUAAUAUUUGAAAAUGAAACCUGUGCUACGACAACACCCCCUCCACCAACAACUCCUGUAACUGAAGGGCCGACCACUACCACUGAAGAAGUAACCAGAACAACAAGGUCCACGACUACUUUAUCAACAGAAUCUCCGACUGCAACUGAAGGAAAAACUACGACCACAAAAUCAACAUCAGUACCUCCUUUAAGUUCAACAACAGUUGAGGAAGCUGUAACCAUACAGACUACCACCCCAGCAACUGGCCCUGUUGUGACUGCAAGUACGACAACUAUAACAAAAUCUACAACAACCACAAUAGGACCCACCACGACAACUGAAGGUCCAACAACAACCAUACCCUCGGGACCCACUACCACAACAGAAGGUCCAACUACCACAACUAAAUCUACAACCACAUCCGCAGGACCAAGCACCACAACUGAAGGUCCAACUACCACAACUAAAUCUACAACCACAUCUGCAGGACCAAGCACCACAACUGAAGGUCCAACAACAACCACACCCUCGGGACCCAGUACCACAACAGAAGGUCCAACAACCACAACUAAAUCUACAACCACAUCGGCAGGACCAAGCACCACAACUGAAAGUCCAACUACGACAACUAAAUCUACAACCACAUCCGCCGGACCAAGCACCACAACUGAAGGUCCAACAACAACCACACCCUCGGGACCCAGUACCACAACAGAAGGUCCAACUACCACAACUAAAUCUACAACCACAUCAGCAGGACCAAGCACCACAACAGAAGGUCCAACUACCACAACUAAAUCUACAACCACAUCAGCAGGACCAAGCACCACAACAGAAGGUCCAACUACCACAACUAAAUCUACAACCACAUCAGCAGGACCAAGCACCACAACAGAAGGUCCAACUACCACAACUAAAUCUACAACCACAUCAGCAGGACCAAGCACCACAACAGAAGGUCCAACUACCACAACUAAAUCUACAACCACAUCAGCAGGACCAAGCACCACAACAGAAGGUCCAACUACCACAACUAAAUCUACAACCACAUCGGCAGAACCAAGCACCACAACUGAAGGUCCAACUACCACAACUAAAUCUACAACCACAUCGGCAGGACCAAGCACCACAACUGAAGGUCCAACGACAACCACACCCUCGGGACCCAGUACCACAACAGAAGGUCCAACUACCACAACUAAAUCUACAACCACAUCCGCAGGACCAAGCACCACAACUGAAGGUCCAACAACUACAAUGAGUUCUACAUCCACAUCCGCAAGACCCACUACCACAACAGAAGGACCAAGCACCAUCACGACAACUCCAGGCCACACGACACAGUGCUUCUGUGUUGUAAAUGGCACACACUACAAUCCAGGUGAAAUCAUUUAUGACAUGAAACACAUUGGAUCAGGAGUUUGUCUCACAAUGAUUUGUUCUGAUAUUUGUGAGAUUCACAACAAGACUGAACCUUGCUCGACCACACCCGGGCCAAAACCUACCCCCACUGUUCCUUGGUGCCCUGAAUGGGAUGUGGUGCAAAAUGAGACCUUCUUGUUGUGUAACUGCACUAUGGCGAGAUGCAUCGAGAACAACACGAUUGAAAUUAUUCCAUACCAGUGUCCACCCUUAAAGAACAUCACCUGCGCCAAUGGAAAGAAUCCUGUUCUUGUUUAUGAUGAGAACUACUGCUGCCAACACUAUGUUUGUGACUGUGAAUGUAAAGGCUGGGGAGAUCCCCAUUACGUCACAUUUGAUGGCCUUUACUACAGCUAUCAAGGAAACUGUACCUACGUUCUCAUGGAGGAGAUUACACCAAAGUACAACUUAAAAAUUUAUGUUGACAACGUCUACUGUGAUGCCACUCAACAUGUUUCCUGCCCGAGGUCAUUAAUUAUAUCGUACAAAUCGGACGUAAUUGUACUCAAGAGCCAAAAUCUCAUUGGAGCCUCAGAACUGGAGGCCUUCAAAGAUGAAAAGCGUUUGAGACUUCCCUAUUUACAACAAGGCAUUAAGAUCUUCAAUUCUGGCAUUGACUUGGUUGUCGAGAUUGUGCCCAUAGAAGUGAUUAUUACCUUUGGAUUAAGUGACUUCACUGUCAACCUGCCCUCUAAGUACUUUGACAGCAACACACAGGGCCAGUGUGGCAAAUGCAACAACAACCAGGCAGAUGACUGCAUGGUGCCCGGAGGCCAGAUUGUGCAGAGCUGCAGUGUGAUGGCAGAGUUUUGGCCUGCCCUAGACAUUUACCAACCAAACUGCCAGAUUCCAUCUGUGAUCCCGACCGACCAACCUCUACCCCCACCUACACUAACUCCAUGCAAGCCAGACUCUGAAUGUGAUCUGCUCUUGAGCAGUGUCUUUGAAAAGUGCCACCCCUUUGUAAAUCCCAAUGAUUACUAUCAGGGAUGUGUUUUUGACAACUGCCACGUCUCCAACCCAGCAGUAGAAUGCACAAGUUUGGACAUGUAUGCCGACGCCUGUGCUCAGGCUGGAGUUUGUUUGCACUGGAGGAAUCAUACCACACACUGUGAAAGUGAUUGCCCUCCCGACAAAGUCUACAAACCAUGUGGUCCUGUAGAGCAACCGACCUGUGAAGACAGUCCCAAUGAACAGAGGCUGGACUACAUAACUGAAGGCUGCUUUUGUCCUGAUGGAAUGAUGCUAUUCAACAAAGAGUCUGGCAUAUGUGUUGAGAAGUGCGGGUGUAUUGACCCUGAGGGUAUUCCUCGUGAGUUUAAUGAAAGGUUUGAGUACAACUGCCAAAACUGCAUCUGCGAGGAGACCAGCAAGACCAUCACAUGCCAACCAAAGGUUUGCCCACCAUCGCCUGUUGUCAACUGCACCCUUCCAGGCUUCGUCCUCGUCAACCAAACCAACCCAGCGGACCCGUGCUGCUCUGUCCUAUCUUGCCGAUGUCAAAGCAAUACGUGUCCACACAUCGACAUGGUGUGUCCAAUUGGAUUUACUGUAGUUGUCAGUGUGCCAGAGGGGAAAUGCUGUCCAGAACACACAUGUGAGCCGAAAAAUGUUUGUGUCCACAAAAAUGCUGAAUAUCAGCCUGGUGAGUCAGUUCCUGUGGUUCCAUGUCAGGACUGUAUCUGUACCAACCUGGUGGACCCAAAAACUGGUUUAUUACAAGUAAAUUGCGAGCUUCAGCAAUGCCAGCGACUAUGUGACCAGGGUUAUCGAUAUGCCGAACCCAAGACAAAUGAAUGCUGUGGAAGGUGUGUACAGACACACUGCAUCUUCAACGUUAGUGGGAGUGAGCAGGUGCUCAGGCAAGGUGAUACAUGGUCCCCACCGGACAAUAAGUGUGAGCAUUACACAUGCGUGAGGAACGCUGAGACUUUAACAGCCAUCGGCACACGAAUUGUGUGUCCGCCAUUCGAGCAAAGCAACUGCCAACCUGACACCAUUCAAACUGCAGCAAAUGGAUGUUGUCAAGUUUGUGUGGAGCAGGAGAAGGCUUGUAAGCCAGUGCAGAAUAGAAUGCACAUCACGCACAAGAACUGCCAAUCCAUGGAGGAGGUAGAUAUUCCAUAUUGUGAAGGAUCUUGCAACACUUACACCAGGUACUCAGAGGAGACAUCCACCCUGCAGCCAACCUGCUCCUGUUGUAAGGGGUUCCGUUCUAGCAAUCGCACGGUUGACUUGUUGUGUCUCAAUGGAGACAUUGUUCCCUUCACCUACAUCCACAUGGACGAGUGUAGAUGCGCCCUCAGCGACUGCACCCAAACUGUGGCAGCUCCAGCCAGAAGGAGGAGAAGUUUUACCCACUUCUAACUUCCAAGUCAACUGUGCCAAUCACUCAACAAGUAAAAUUAGUACACUUGUACAGGUAUCGACAUUCAAAAUCAAAUAAAAGUACAGCAUCUUGUGUCU